AUGACAACAAUGGAAGGGGCCAGCGGGUCGAGUUUUGGAAUAGACACGAUUUUGUCCAGUGCCAGUUCGGGCAGCCCCGGCAUGAUGAAUGGAGAUUUCCGCCCGCUCGGCGAGGCCAGGACUGCGGAUUUUAGGAGUCAGGCCACUCCGUCCCCCUGUUCGGAGAUUGACACCGUAGGAACGGCGCCUUCUUCUCCCAUCUCGGUCACCAUGGAGCCUCCGGAGCCGCAUCUGGUAGCGGACGGGCCGCAGCAUCACCACCACCUCCACCACAGCCAGCAGCCGCCGCCGCCCGCCACGGCCCCCGCGCAAAGUUUGCAGCCUUCGCCCCAACAGCAGCCGCCGCCGCCGCCGCCGGCCCAGCAGCUGGGCUCGGCUGCCUCGGCCCCCAGGACUUCCACCUCUUCUUUUUUAAUUAAGGACAUCUUGGGCGACAGCAAGCCUCUGGCGGCGUGUGCGCCCUACAGCACCAGCGUCUCCUCUCCCCACCACACCCCGAAGCAGGAGAGCAACGCAGCACACGAGAGCUUCAGGCCAAAGCUCGAGCAGGAGGACAGCAAAGCCAAGCUGGACAAGCGGGAGGAGUCCCAGAGCGACAUCAAAUGCCACGGAACAAAGGAGGAAGGAGAUCGGGAGAUUACCAGUAGCCGAGAGAGUCCCCCCGUGAGAGCCAAAAAGCCUCGCAAAGCCAGGACGGCUUUCUCUGACCAUCAGCUCAAUCAACUGGAGCGUAGCUUUGAGCGACAGAAGUACCUGAGUGUGCAGGACCGCAUGGACCUGGCAGCUGCGCUCAACCUCACUGACACCCAGGUCAAGACCUGGUACCAGAAUCGCAGGACCAAGUGGAAGCGGCAGACCGCGGUGGGCCUGGAGCUUCUGGCCGAGGCGGGGAAUUACUCGGCGCUGCAGAGGAUGUUUCCGUCGCCUUAUUUCUACCACCCGAGCUUGCUGGGCAGCAUGGACAGCACCACGGCCGCGGCGGCGGCCGCCGCCAUGUACAGCAGCAUGUACCGGACUCCUCCCGCGCCCCAUCCCCAGCUGCAGCGGCCCCUGGUGCCCCGAGUGCUCAUCCAUGGCCUGGGGCCGGGGGGACAGCCGGCCCUCAACCCCUUGUCCAACCCCAUCCCAGGCACCCCGCACCCCCGGUGAAGAGCGACCCGCGACCUUCCCUGUCCCCUCCCUGACCCGGACAGCUGCCCCCGCUCUCCCCGCACCGGGCCAUGGGGCCUCCCUCGCAGUCGACUGACACGGGAAGCAAAGUAAGAGAGGAAGACGCUCACCGAUGGGCGGGGGGGCCCCACAGAGGAGCCAGCCUCCGCUCUCCACCUCCCCACCCCAGAGACAGGGCUGGGAAGCUCCCCCCAGCAGUGUGA